ACCCCAAAAAGAGAUAUAAAAUAUUAGUGGAUUGAUUUCGAAAAAAAAAAAAAUAAAAAAAAAAAUAUUAAAAAUAAAUAAUUAAAAAUAAUAAUAAUUAUUAAUUAAUUAAUUAUUAAAUGAAUUUAAAAAAAAAAGAAAAAAAAAUAAUUAAUUAAUUAAUCGAAUUUAAAAGAAAAAGAAAAAGAAAAAAAAAAGAAAAAAAAAAUUAAUUAAUUAAAAUUUAUUUUUAUUUUAUUAAUAAAAUAUAUUAUUAUUAAUAUUAAUUAAAUAUAUUAUUAUUAUUAUUAUUAUUAUUAUUAUUAAUAGUAACAUCCUGAAGCUUCAGAAAGCUUCAGGAUGAAAUGUUUUAUUUAAACAUCCCAUCCCCACAUCAUCAUCAUCCCAUCCCCACAUCAUCAUCAUCUUCUUCUUCUUCUUCUUCUUUAUUUAUUUUUUCUCUGUUGCUGCAACGCAGCUCACUCUCUCUCUCUCUCCUCACGUUCUCUCUCUCUCUCUCCUCGAUUUCGUGACGGAUUUUCGCCCGAUCGAAAAUCCGAAGAUACCACUGGACUCCAUUCGCUGCUGCCGUCAUUUCUACUGGAGCGGAUCGAUAGUAGGAGCGGCGUAGGCAUAUUCCCUGGGGAAUUAAAUUUCGGGCGCCAAGGGCGUGAAAUUUUGGGUUCUAAGGAAUUUCUGAAUAGUCAGGAGUCCCUGAGAGACCGGCGGGUCAAGACCGCCGUUGAGAUUAGUGAGAUUACCCUGUGAGGAGGGAUGGACCACGGUGGAAAUAGUGCCCACGCUAGUGGGAGUGAGGGCGCUGGACCCUCAGGCGCUGCGGGUAGUGAUUCAGAUGCAGUCUUACGCAGCGUAGCACAGCAGGUUAUGGCAGAAAUUGCCAGGAGUUCGAGAGAACAAGGUGGUCCGUCUGUAGGCCACGGUUGUACGAUCGAGAAGUUCAUAAAGAUGAAUCCUCCAGCUUUCUCAGGGGGAACGGAUCCUGCAGUCGCUGAGAAUUGGGUGCAGGAGAUGGAGAAAAUUUUUGCAGUGCUGCAGUGUUAUGAGGAGCAGAAGGUGCUGUUCGCCACCUACAGAUUGACUGGAGAGGCCGAGAGAUGGUGGUCAGCAGUGAGAUUGUUAGAGCAGCAGAGGACUAUACCUGUAGAGAUGACUUGGGGGCGAUUUAGAGAGAUAUUCUUCGACAGGUAUUUUCCAGCCUCUUCUAGGGAGGCUAAGAUUACGGAGUUCCUGAAUCUGAAGCAGGGACAGCUGUCAGUACAGCAGUACGCGGCGAGGUUCAUCGAACUAUCUCGCUUCGCCCCGUACAUUAUUCCAGAUGAGGUGAAGAAGGUACGACAGUUUGAAAGAGGUUUGAGGAGAGAAAUUUAUAAGCAGGUAUCGAUUCUGAAGUUGCAGGAUUUUACUGAACUAGUGGAUAGAGCCACUAUAGCAGAGACUGGAGAGCGAUUGGAGGCUGAGGAGCAGAGGCAGAAGAAGAGAUCCAUACCUUCUGAUUUCCAGCAGGGAGCCGACCGUGCCGCGUGGAAGAGAGGUGGCUAUUAUAGGGACCGGAGACAGAAGACCGGGAAUCGCGGUUUCCAGGGUGCACAACCAUCUCCCGCUUGCCCAUCUUGCGGGAAGAAACACCUGGGAGAGUGUCGUGCUGGGCGAGGUGUCUGCUACAGGUGCGGGGAGCCGGGACAUAUGAUGAGGGAGUGUCCGACACAGAUUGGUACUGUUCCUAGACCUGCACGAGGAGGUUACCAGGCACCACGAGGAGGCCAGCAGAGGAAUACGGCCCCAGCCAGAGUUUUUGCUUUGACACCGGGCGACGCUGAGGCGGCAGGAGAUGUGGUGACAGGUACUGUUUCAAUACUGUCAUUUAAAGCUACUAUUUUGUUUGAUUCUGGGGCGACGCAUUCAUUUAUCGCCUGGGAUUAUGUUAAAUUGUGUGGGUUUGAGCCUCAGCAGUUAGAAAUUAGUUUGUCUGUUGCUACGCCAACUGGAACCGUAGGGGUAUGUAGGAAGGUACUCAGGGACUGUCCAGUGGAUAUUCAAGGGAGGUAUUUGUUAGCUAAUUUGGUGAUUUUAGACAUGCAUGGGUUUGAGGUGAUCUUGGGCAUGGAUUGGCUAGCUGCCCACUAUGCUAGCAUUGAUUGCCGUCAGAGAGUGGUAGUGUUUAGACCUCCAGAGGGACAGGAGUACAGAUUUGUGGGAUCACAUGUGCGCACCCCACCUCAGUUAUUAUCGGCUAUCCAGGCGUGUAGAUUGCUAUCAGAAGGUUGUCAGGGAUAUUUAGCCUAUGUGAAGACUGUAUCAGAAGGCGAACUGAGGGUGGAGGAUAUCCCAGUGGUGAGAGAUUUCCCUGAUGUAUUUCCAGAGGAUUUGCCGGGACUACCUCCUGAUCGUGAGGUAGAGUUUGUUAUUGAUCUGGUUCCGGGGACAACACCGAUUUCGAAGGCGCCGUAUAGAAUGGCACCGGCAGAGCUAAAAGAAUUGAAAGAGCAGUUGCAGGAGCUGUUAGAUAAGGGGUUCAUUCGGCCCAGUGUGUCACCCUGGGGAGCACCAGUUUUGUUUGUGAGGAAGAAGGAUGGCUCGAUGAGAUUGUGCAUCGACUAUCGAGAAAUAAAUAAAGUAACUAUCAAGAAUAAAUACCCGCUCCCGCGUAUUGAUGAUUUGUUUGACCAGUUACAGGGGACACAGAUCUUUUCGAAGAUAGAUUUACGCUCCGGGUACCAUCAGGUGAAAGUCAGGGCGGAAGAUGUUCUGAAGACGGCAUUUAGAACACGGUAUGGUCACUAUGAAUUUCUAGUUAUGCCAUUUGGGUUGACGAAUGCUCCUGCGGUGUUUAUGGAUCUUAUGAACAGGGUUUUUCACCAGUAUUUGGAUCAGUUUGUGGUAGUAUUUAUUGAUGAUAUACUGGUAUAUUCGAAGAGUGCAGAGGAGCAUGAGGAGCAUUUGAGUAUAGUGUUGCAGGUGCUGCGAGAGAAGAAGCUAUAUGCAAAACUCAAGAAGUGUGAGUUCUGGCUGGAACAGGUUACCUUCCUUGGACACGUUGUAUCCAAGGGUGGUAUUUCUGUUGAUCCGAGUAAGAUUGAGGCGGUAGUUGACUGGGUACGACCAAAGAACGUGCACGAGAUCAGGAGUUUCCUAGGAUUGGCUGGGUACUAUCGCAGGUUUGUUGAGGGCUUUUCUCGAUUGUCGGGCCCAUUGACCAGAUUGACCAGGAAAGGAGCAAAGUUUGAGUAGUCUGAUGAAUGUGAGCAGAGCUUCCAGAGUUGAAGCAGCGACUCAUCACUGCGCCUGUGUUGACGAUUCCUUCAGGAGAAGAGGGGUUCGUAAUUUACAGCGAUGCGUUCCAUAAAGGGCUCGGAUGCGUGUUGAUGCAGCAGGGGAGAGUGAUAGCCUAUGCCUCAUGACAGUUGAAAGAAUAUGAGAAGAACUACCCUACCCACGAUCUGGAGUUGGCGGCGAUUGUUUACGCGCUGAAGAUUUGGAGGCACUAUCUAUAUGGGGGUAGGUGUGAGAUAUUUACUGACCAUAAGAGUUUAAAGUAUUUCUUCACGCAGAAGGAAUUGAAUAUGAGGCAGAGGAGAUGGUUGGAGCUAAUAAAGGAUUACGACUGCACUAUUAGCUACCACCCAGGAAAGGCUAAUGUGGUUGCUGAUGCUUUGAGUCGGAAAUCAGUGGAAUCAUCUGUAUCUGCAAGGGAGAUUCAGCAUCCGAUUCAGAUGGAUUUGGAGAGGCUUGGUGUGGAGCUGGUAGAGGGUGAUCACCAGGUGUUCAUUGCUGACUUGGUUUUGCAGCCGACUCUAUAGGAGAGGAUUAAAGCAGCUCAGAGGAAUGAUGCAGAACUGGUAGAGCUUAUGGGAAAGGUACAGGAUGGUCAGGAAUUAGAGUUCAGCAUUUCAGAUGAUGGAGCCCUGAGGUUCCAUACUAGGUUAUGUGUUCCUGCCGAUCCUGAGAUCAAGAAAGUCAUUCUGGAGGAAGCACAUCGAUCCCUAUAUACUGUACAUCCGGGUAGCACUAAAAUGUACAGGGAUCUCCGAGAGUCCUUCUGGUGGAGCAACAUGAAAAGGGAGAUAGCUCAGUUUGUGGGUCAGUGUUUGACGUGCCAGCAAGUUUGACAGCGCAGAGCCGGCAGAAGAGUUAUGCUGAUACUCGUCGGCGAGAAUUGGAGUUUGACACAGGAGAUCACGUGUUCCUGAAGGUGGCACCGCUGAAGGGUGUUAUGAGGUUCGGGAGGAAGGGUAAGCUGAGCCCUAGGUAUAUUGGACCAUUCGAGAUUCUUGAGAGAGUGGGUCCAGUUGCCUAUCGUUUGGCAUUACCAUCGGUCCUAUUUAGGAUCCAUGACGUAUUCCACGUUUCUAUGUUGAGGAAAUACGUCCCAGACCCCUCCCAUGUGAUUAGAUAUGAAGCACUGGAAUUGGGCGAUACUUUAGUUUAUGAGGAAGUGCCAGUGCAAAUUCUUGACUGGAAGGAACAGGAGCUACGCACGAAAAAGAUUCCACUGGUAAAAGUUCUGUGGCGCAACCAUGCCAUUGAAGAGGCUUCUUGGGAACUAGAGGAUCAGAUGCGCCAGAGAUAUCCACACUUAUUCAGUGGAGUUAGAGUUGAGCCAGUCAAGUGAAUGGAAUAUUGUUGUAGUUUUUAUUUGUAUAGUGUAACAUAAGAUAGAUAAAGUUUUUUAGUUUUGAAACAUGAAUGGUUUUGGGAGAAUUUUGACUAGUUGUAAUCUCCCAGAGCCCUCAUUGUAACCACGGUAUUCCUCCGCCAUAAGUGAGGGUAAUUAAUAAAAA